AUGUUUGCACAAUUAUUUACUGUUAUUUUAGUAUUGGAUGCUAUUAUUCAAAAGAAUACAAUUCAACUCAUUGCGCUGGUCGCUUUUGAGUUAGGCAUGAGUGCAUAUACCAUCAUACAAUACCACCAAUCCUCUACGCUGUUCAGUAACACACAAGACCCUAGUGUCACUUUGGUAUUAGCCUUCUUGGGUGAUGCUUAUCAUGCUUCUCGAUGGGCAGAAAUCACACAGAUAUGCAUCAUGUUGGUCUCAUCCAUGCUGUUUAUAUUUUUAGCUUAUAAACUCUAUUUGGAAUUUGGUUGGCAGAUUUACAAGAAGAUUGGAGCUGAUUUAUCCAUGCGAGAUCGUUACAAGAUGUAUCAGAUCUUAUUGAUGCUACUCAAGUUUGAUUUCUUCUUCUUUUUUGGAUUUUCAAUUCAAUAUCUCGUCUUGUUGAUUGUUGCUUGGUUACCUGAAGCAACAACAGAAGAAGCCAGACAAGUGAUUAUCAAAGAAUUAAUUAAACAUAUUGUCCUCAGUUGUCUUGUCUCGAUUGUCAUGUUGUCUAUGGCCUAUUGGGGGUUACGUCGGGAAUGGAAAAUACAUAUGUACUUAUUUGUUGCCUUGGCUACGGCUAGUAUGGCUUACUUUAUCUAUAUGUUGGUCACUAUUUUACAUAAUCCAGAUCGAUUUAUUGGGUCCAAAGUAUUCUUAACAUUUUUCUUAUGUGUGGAUAUGGUCCUUAUUUUGGCAUCUGUUCCUUCAGCUAUUAUUUGUACUAGAAACUUUAAUCAUGGCUUAAUCAAUCAUAUUUCACAUGCGACUGCAAUGACAGCUACUUCUUCUCAUCCAAUGCAGCCUACAGGUCAAGCAGAAAAGACAGCCGUCAGUCCAGAACGUUGGUCGAUUGAAUAA